CAACUUCCGCUUGAAUUCUUGUAUUAUCUAUCUCAGUCAUCGUUCCUUCUCGCUCAGAGCGAAAGUGCAAACCCAAUGGAAGCGACUGGCUCGCAGUCACCCCGCUCGGGCGAAACCGCCGCCAUCUCUACCACUCCUCCUCCUGUGACUACUAUGACAACUACUAUGACUACUACUGCUACUGCUACUGCUACUGCUACUGCGAGUGCUCCGUCGCUGGACCAGAGCGAGGCCGUCUUCGCGCCUCCGUCGUCGCUGUCCACGAGGAUGACGUCCGAUCCAGACGCAGCUCCUCUGCCAAGUACCGAUGACGCAUCAUCAUCACCAUCAUCAUCAUCAGCGUCGUCCAUUGCACGCUCAACCCGAGCCCUGAUCGCGUCGGCGCAUCUGAGCUUGAAUCGCGCGUCCGCCAGCACGACUCCGACGACGACGACGACGACCAAGACUACGACAAGUGCUACAAGAGCUCCUAAUGCUACAAGUCGCUCUACAAACCCGGGUCUAUCAUCAAGCAAUGCUGCUACGACGAGCACUGCGGCCGUUGGAGCAGCAGCACUCAAUAACACCACUGACAACUCCUUCUCAACCAUGCAUCCGUCAAGACCCAGCUCAUCCGUCUCGUUGGCAACGUUUGGAAGUGCUUCGGCAUCGCAGGUGCCUCUGCUGUCACUUUCGAGGCGAGAGCUGGCGCAGCGGGCGCUUGAGCUCAACCGCCGAUCGCAGGAAGUGCUUAAGCAGCAGCUCGCCAAGGUCGAGGUGGCGCAGGCCCGAAACAAGGACCAACAACGUGGUAUCAAGAUUGCAACAAACUCGGAGCGCGCAAAUUGGCGAGCUGUGCAGAGGAAGAUUGCCAUUCGGCGACAGCUUUUGGCCCAGGGCAUGGAUGCGUCGUCCGCGGCUCGCUUGGCCGCUUCCGGUGCCUCUGUGGAAGACGGGUCGAAUGCGCAGGGUGAUGUCAAACGAGGGCGCAAGCCGAACGUGCUGCCGCGUCGGUCUGCGUCGUUUUUUGUUGACGACGAAGACCAGUCGCCGCCUCCCAAUCCGGAUGCGCAUGCUCGCCACCAGGCCGCCCUCGAAGCGACUGCACCUGGGAUGAAGCUUCACUUGUGGUCGGAUGCAGAGCGUGUCCAGCUGAGUAAAGGUGUGCGCCAGCUCAACCAAGAACUCAUCCUCAAACCCUUGCUGGCAGCGCACAAGCAGUUGACGGAAGACCUUGAGGCGUCAAACUCGCCCGAGCUGCUGGCUGCCGCACGUGCGGCCCGUGCAGCCUCCUCGGCCUCCAGUGCCAGCUUGCCACUACCCUUGACGGAUUCGGCGACACAGCGUCAUGUGGACGAGGCUUUUGUGCCCGUUCCCAUUCCCGCUCUCAAUGGCGAGUUGCCCGCGCCCCAUGCAGCCCCUCUUCCCGCAGUUGGCAGUGUCACCACCGAGUCAUCCUCUCCGCUUGCAGAGCCGCCGCUGCAGCCAAACCCCAGCACACAAGCGGCCCUUGCGCGGUGGCGCUCCAACCGAGCCUCGGCCAUUUCUGUUCCGAGCAACGACAAUCCCGCCCAGCGGUAUCAAGAGCUCGUGCAACAAGCGCACCGCAUCUACGACCAACUCAUGGAGGUCACGCAGCGCAUCCAGGGUAUCCAGGACAUUCCGAACGAGGAGCUCGAGCAAAAUUUGGUUGGACUCGACUGGGAGCGAAUCGCGCGCUCGUUCGUUCCGGGCCGAACCGCCGCCGAGUGCACGAUUCAAUGGGUAAACAACGAUCAUCCGCGGAUCAACAAAGGGCCCUGGACGAAAGAGGAAGACAUUGCGUUGCUCAAGCAAGCCAACUUGCGUAAAAAGCGUGACUGGGAGGCCAUUGCGCAUGCCGUCAACACCAACCGCACGCCAGGCCAGUAUCUGCGACGUUUUCAGCGCAGUCUGAACAGCCUCAUGUUACACAGCAAGUGGACGGUUGAGGAGGACGAUAUGCUUCGCGAGGCGAUUCGCCUCUACGGCGAGCGGAACUGGCAGGCCAUUGCUGCGCGUUUGCCCGGGCGAACUGGUCAGCAGUGUCUUCACCGCUGGCACAAGACACUCAACCCCAGCAUCAAGCGCGGAAAAUGGGAGCCGGAAGAAGACGCCUUAUUGUUUAUCGCGGUCGACACGUUUGGCAGUCGGAAUUGGAUUAAAGUGCAGGCGUGCGUUCCGCAUCGCACUGAUGUGCAGUGCCGCGAGCGAUGGGUCAAUGUGCUCGACCCAAGUCUACUGCAUCGGCCAUGGGCGCCCAAAGAAGACGAAAACCUCGCGACUGCCGUCGAGCAGUUUGGCACUGGCAAGUGGGCGCGGAUUGCCACUGAAAUGGCCCCGCGCACAGACAACCAGUGCUGGAGGCGCUGGAAGUUUCUUCACCACGACGAAAUGACCCAGUACCGCCACGAACGCAUCCAAAAGAAGUCUGUUUUGGUGACCAAUUUCGUUGGGCGAGAGCACGAGCGGUCUGCCAUCACGGCGGCGGAUGUCGAGUUGCCCGCUGCCAGCCGACCAGGAUUGAAUGGCAACGGCGCGGGGAAACGGCGAUCGCAAGACAUUGAUGAAGGGCAGGACGAGGCCGGGCUGGGUGAUUUGGCAAAUGCAGAGGAAAGUGACUCGGACGAAUUCGAUGGCGCUGUUGUUUCCCGUCAGGCGAAAUCGAAAGGUCGCCGGCGCACCGGAGCUGGUGCCAGUUCCGAAGCUGCUGCUGUUGCUGCCGCUGCUACUACCACGACUACUACUUCUUCAAAAGGACCUGUGCAAUAUGCUCGCCUCGAUCCCACCAACAAUUCAAAAUCCGGGUUGCUUCUGGCGCUCCAAGCGCAAGCCGCCGCUGCUGCCGCUGCCACCGCACUCAAAGCCUCUGGCGUGUUGGGUGACGCACGACCUCCCGCAAACGCCGAAGUAGCGGCCCAAUUGCUGCUCCAGGCUCAGGACACCGUCCAAGCAACGCGUCCGCAAGCACUAGAGCAAGCCGCGACACAGUUCACGGCCAUGGUCGAGGAGUACAACGCUCAGGUGGAUGCGCUGCAGCAGGACAAUGUCGUUACGACCACCUCCAUCAAACGGCCUCGGUCGCAAAAGCCAGGCCCGCGCAAACGUCAAGCUCUUGCCCCGAGCGCUAAAUCUUCGAGCUCACAGGAUGCAGCUGGCUCUGCAGCUUCUGCAAUUUCUGCGAUUCGUCUGAGGAAUAUGCGUCGGCUGCCACCGAAUGCCGCGACGCUCUCCAUGUACCAUCGCCUGGUCACAUCGAUUGGUGAUUCGCAUGGUGACGGCGAUGCGCCAGCUCCCCCACCUCUCUCGCAGGCAACCAUCGCUUCACCCGCCUUCCAGCAGCUCGCAAACCGAUUUAACAGCGCCUUCCUGUGGCCGUCUUUACUAGCACAGUUAAGUCCUGCGGACGCGGACGCCAGCACUUCUGCGCACUCCGCCUUUUCUGCUCCCCAAAUGCGCAAUCCGGAUGCGCCAGUCGUAUCCAUGCUUGUCGAGGCGGCGAGUGACUCUAGCGAGCAAAGCUGA